AUGGCCGCCACAACGCAAAUUGGCUACGAAGUCGAGGAAGUGGUCCUUCAGCGGUGGCUGACCAAGCAUUUUGGUCCUCAAUUCAACUCGAGAGGGGUGAUGGUUUGGAAAUACAGCUCGGAACUGAGGGAGAGCACCAGUUGGUGGAUUGUCACCGGCCCACGCCUCAUCAGCGACAACGAGCAGCACAGAAUGAUUCAGGCCUCAGUGCCACAGCCUGCUCUGCCCUUUGGGCCGAGAAGGAUUGUGCAGAAUAACGGCGAUAUGAACGAGAAAUUUGAAUUACCAUGGCCCCGGCCGCCGAGCCCGUCAAAACUCGCUUAUAAUUUCGAGGUUCGAAAAAUCCUAGAGAGCACAGGGCACCUUUUUGUGAGCAAAGGACCUGUCGAAGUCCACAUCGCAUGGGUAGACAGUGAAGAUCCCGAUUCUGCCAAACGUGUUGAAGUCAGGGCCUCGUAUUUAGAUGAAGGAUUUGGAGGGUAUGACUGGGCCGAGAGCGUCGAGAAAGAUGGAAUUCUCUCUGGUUUUGAAUCGUGCUACCUGCUCAAGUACGUGCAGAAGCGAGCUCGAGCUCGGCCUGGUACAAACCCUUGGUCAAUUAGCCAGGCACUGGUGUAUCAGAAGGUAUCCUUUGGCACCGAGCGGACCGACCACAUAUUCAUUAAGCCCUCUGACGCUUUGGCGAGCCGUCUCAACCAUUGUCUCAACCAAGAGCCUGCAGUGGCGGCCAAGAUCGCCAGCGACUGGACGCAUGUCCACAGAAUAGCAUUCGGUAGCGUAGACGAGCCCUUUCGCGACUGCUUCAAUCACCUUGACGAGAGGAUCUCAGAGAUAUUUGGCCGAGUGAUGAUGUCCGGCGUGGAGCCGGGAAACCUCCGGGAGUUUGACACCCUGGAGAGCUCGUCUAAGGACAUGAAGUCGCUCCAGGCCUAUAUUGACAUGGCACUUCGGGUGAAGCAUAUCAUCGAUAUGAAUCUGGAGACGCUCGACGCGAUGACUCGGGCGAUGAGUGAAAUCGGCGUCCGGGAUUCCUUUCCACGCCCGACGCAGACUGAUUCACUCCAUCGUUCGCUGAACAAAAUGCGGCAGCAGCACAGACUGAGCAUAAAGAAUUAUUCAUCGAUGAUCGAGAGAGCAAAGUCAAUCUCAGAACAGCUUCGAAAUACCAUCUCGAUUCGUAAUAGUGCGGCGACGAUUGAGCUCACGGUGAGAUCGGGUUAUGAGGCUCAUGUGGUCAAAAUCUUGACUGUAUUGGCUCUGAUAUUUCUGCCUGCAUCGUUCGUCUCCAUGGGCUACGUCAGUAAAGUACAGUCUGCCGGUUUCAAGCUCAGCGCAACAGACGACCUACAGAUCUAUGCUGUCCUGGCAAUUCCUCUAAUGGUAACCACCAUGCUCGUUUACGGUGGUGUCGAGUUGUAUCAGCACAGGUCCUGGAAAAAAUCAACAGGGAGUCGGGGUUCAAUUAUCUGA